GCGGGAGCGGGAGGCAGGGCUCGGCGCUGGCGGGGCUACCCCCGGUGCCUGCCUGCCCGCUGCCGUGCCCGAGCCGUUCCUGCUGCUGGGCUGCUGCCUGCGGCCGCAGGACCCGGCCGAGCCGGGCCGAGGGGAGCGCGGGCGGCUGCUGCCGGCGGCCGAGAUGAUGGCGGAGGGCAGCGGCGGGCCGGCCCGGAGGAAGGCGCUGUCCCUGCUGGAGGCGGCCCGCUCCCGCUACGAGAGCCUGCAGAUCUCCGACGACGUCUUCGGGGAGUCGGGGCAGGACAGCAGCGGGAACCCCUUCUACAGCACCUCAUCUGACUCCCGCUCCGCCGCCUCUUCCCAGGACGAGGAGGACGAGGAGGAGGACGAGGGGCGCCCGGAGGGGCCGGGUCCGCGGGUUAGGGCGGCCCGGCGCCGCGCCCCCCGAGCGGCGGCCACGCCGGCGGAGCGGCGGCGGCAGCGGCAGGUCUGCGGCGGCCCCAUCGCCGUCCCGGGCGGCCCCGGCCCUAUGGAGGAGGAGGAGGAGGAAGCGGAGAAGGGGGGCUGGACCCGCUCGCUGCGAGACGUCCCACCCCCUCACUUCAAGGAUGGCAGCGGUCCAACACGAAAAAUGCCCCUGACUGCCAGUGCCAUGGACUUUUUUCAACUCUUUGUCCCUGACAACGUACUUAAGAAUAUGGUGGUCCAAACCAACAUGUAUGCCAAGAAGUACCAGGAGAGGUUCGGUAGUGAUGACACCUGGAUUGAUGUCACCUUAACAGAAAUGAAGGCCUUCUUAGGCUACAUGAUAUCAACCAGCAUCCACCACUGUGAGUCCGUUCUCAGCAUCUGGAGCAGCGGCUUCUACAGCAACAAGAGCAUUGCACUUAUCAUGACACAAUCACGGUUUGAGAAGAUUCUGAAGUACUUCCAUGUUGUGGCCUUCCGCUCGAGCCAGACAACACAUAGCCUCUACAAAAUCCAGCCUUUUCUGGACUCUCUGCAGAGUGGCUUUGACUCUGCUUUUAGACCUUCACAAGCCCAGGUUCUACAUGAGCCCCUGAUUGAUGAGGAUCCUGUUUUCAUUGCCACAUGCACAGAGAGGGAGCUGCGCAAGAGGAAAAAGAGGAAAUUCAGUCUCUGGGUCCGGCAGUGCUCAUCCACUGGUUUCAUCUGCCAGAUUUAUGUCCAUCUCAAAGAGGGGAGUGGUGCUGAUGGGCUGGAUGCUUUGAAGAACAAACCACAGCUCCACAGUAUGGUGGCCAAAAGCCUUUGUCAGAAUGCCUCUGGGAAGAACUACAUCAUCUUCACUGGCCCAAGCAUUACCAGCCUGAAUCUCUUUGAAGAAUUUGAGAAGCAAGGGAUUUACUGCUGUGGGUUGCUGAGUGCCAGGAAGAGUGACUGCACAGGCCUACCUCCAUCCAUGCUGAACAACCCUGAAUCUCCCCAGUCCAGAGGACAGUACAGAAUAAGAAUGAAAGGAAACAUGUCCUUGAUCUGCUGGUACAAUAAAGGGCACUUUCGUUUUCUGACCAACGCCUAUUCACCAGUUCAACAAGGAGUUAUAAUUAAGAGAAAAAGUGGAGAAAUUCCAUGCCCACUGGCAGUUGAAGCCUUUGCUGCUCACCUUAGCUAUAUCUGCAAAUACGACGACAAAUACAGCAAGUAUUUCAUUUCUCACAAACCAAACAAGACCUGGCAGCAAGUGUUCUGGUUUGCCAUCAGCAUUGCUAUAAACAAUGCCUACAUCCUCUACAAAAUGUCAGAGGCCUACCACGUGACAAGGUACAGCCGUGCACAGUUUGGGGAAAGACUUGUAAAGGAGCUUCUGGGCUUGGAAGACAUCUCACCCUCCCAUUGAUGCAUUGUUCUUGGUGGUGUAGGCAGGGGUGGAGGGUGAGCAGAAGAUGACACCACACCUGGAACUGCAAAGCAAGGAACUUGUGACACCACCAGUGCUGUCCUUAUCUGAAAAUGCCAAGUAAUGCCACUAGAGAGGCGGAAACUUUUUUCCUAGUAACAGAAAAUGCCACUGGAAAAGCUGACACAAAAUCAUAGAAUGGUUUGGGUUGGAAGGGACCUUAAAGAUCAUCUAGUUCCACCCUCCCCCUUGCAUGGGAAUGCCCUGUGGGAAUCUGUAUGCCACAGAAAUGGACUUUAAUUACUCAUCUCUCCAUACUAUUUAUGGAACAAAAAAACCCCAAGGGUCAUAUUGCAAAUUUCCCCUUGGGCUAAGAGCUGGUCAUAAGCUGACAUAACUCAACAGUCCUAGGUGAGCAUUCCAGGAAACUCUGUACCUUUCUCGGAGUUACUCAAUUCUGGGACAAGCAAUGUAAGUCUGCAGUAAGGGCUGUGGCUGCAGGUGUCUGCCACCUUCCCGGGCAUCACAGCUCUCCUCCCAGCGUGCUAAACAAAGCAGUUCAGAUACACGAACACUGAAGCAAGUGUGUUGACAAACAAAGCCUUCCCAAGCAGGCAGCCAGGAACUGAGGACCAGUUAAGACUUAUUCUUGCCAUCUUUUUUGUUUUUCUUUGUUUUUAUUACUGUCAUGUAAGAUGAUUUGAGCCCAGUUAGAACACAGCAAAAUUAAGAUAAACCAAAUACAUUAGGGAAUUUAAAAUGGAAAUACAUGACAAUUAUUUUCUUUUUUAACUGUGAUGAAACAUUUUAUACACAAACAGGGAGUAAUACUGUAGGUGUUAAUAGUCAGUAAACCAGUAAGUAAUACUGCCUCUCAUCUUUACUGCCACGGUCAGUGUACAGGUGAAAAAUCAGAGUAUAACAAUUAUAUUUUUUUUCUUGAGUUCAACUUUAUCUUGAACUUUGCUUAAAAAUCAAAUGUAAUGGACUGUUAAGUUUUUAGGAGCAACUAUUUCUUUUCCUUUUGUACAUGUCAAGACUUUUUUGGCCCAUUUUAGAACUUAAUUUGGCACACAGUUGGCAGGAAAAAUAAUUCACUAAUAGCAGUGUGUUUCCCAUUAUCACUGUCGGGCGUUCUUGUUGGAAUUCUUGUUAGAAUUCAGAGUUGUCACAGUAGGUUGUAAUUAAUCAGAUUACAUGGUUAGCAAAAUAACAUAGCAUUGUCUUUUACAAAAAGCAAGAAGACCAGUUGCAACUAAAAUUUUACCAAAACAGAAUGAACCCAAAGAGUUCUCCUGUCGAGUAAAGCAUUGUUAUGAACUGGUACCCAUGGCUGAAAUGUUAUAGUUUGGUGUUGGUAGAAUCUGAAAGCUGCUGAAGCUUUGGAAAACAAUGCUGGGAGAGAGAGGUAUGAUUGAAAAAGGGGAGAUUUGAUACUGAGUUGAAGUACUGCCCUGCCCUCUACACCUUAUUGAUUUCAGUCCACAGGUCAAUUAGCAAAAGCUCUGUAUUCUAAAGGCUAGCACUAAUGGAUACAAACAGAAUUGCAUCAACUUACAGGGCAGGAACCAUGUUGCUCAGAGGACCAGCUGGUUUUAGGUCUUCAAGCCUGAAAAGUUUUACCAAAAAAUGUCUUGGGUUGAUUCAAGAGGAAUGGAGUGUGUGGGUGAUUGAUCAGUGUAAACCUCACCAGGUUAUAUGUGUCUAUCUCAGAAGAGACAAUAGGGGGUAACCAACACAAAUUUGAGAACUCCCCACAUUGGAUCAUGAUGUGAUGUGCAGAUGCAUAGCAUGUAGAUCAUCACAGAGGAAGAAUCCAGCAGGGGUUAGUGAAUUACUGACUAGCCCAAAGGGCAUCUUUGCACUGACAUCUUUCUAUUUCCACCCAAGUCUUAUUUUCUUGGAGUAGGCUUUGGCAGAUCUCACCGGGCUGCAGGAAAGGACUUGACUGACUCCUCUGUGGUUCUGUUUGCAAUAGAGCCUGGAGACUGUCCCACAGAGCCUACUCUGCCCACCAGCUGCAUGAUGUACAGAAGUGGGUUUCCUAAGCACCCUUUUCCACUUCUCAGUCCACAGGGUCUCUAUCCAGGAAACGUGUGAGGAAGGACAAAACUUUGACAAUGCCAAGCUGCAUAGGAGCCCAAGGAUGAGUUCCAAACUUCUUGCCCCUGCAGAGAAUGAGUGUGUGCAGUAGCUGGUCCUUGUCAGUUGUCUGAGUAUUCAAAGGGGGAGAUGAGCUAGUGUGAGGCAUGGAAAACAAAUAUUCAGCAAUAUAAGCCCAUAGUUUUGUUGGUUUUUUAAGGAAACUUCACAGAGGUAUCAGAAGACAAGUGGCAUUCUUAGUGUUAGCUCCCUGCUUCAGAUAAUGCCAGUCCUGUAAAUUUUUGUGGAAGUCAAAAAUGGGGCAAUAAAGAAGGGUCUGACUAGAACUUCAUUGAUGGGGCAGCUUGAGUGAACUGUAGCUGUUGUGUUCCCCUGCAGCUUCCUUGCAUUCCCCUGCAAUGCUAGAGCAUUUGCAAGAUGCACAUGCCCCCAGCAGCAAUGGGGAGGUUUGCAGGACCUCCUAAGAGCCACUUGGCACUUCUGAGGAGUAAGCACAGCACUCUCCAGGUAUGUCACAGCCCCUUGAGACAGAUCUGGAGCCCUUGGCCAAUUGUCAUGUUACCAUGUGUGCUUAAAGGCUUGGAACUAGACUGUCUUGUACAGAAAAAAUGCUGUUUCUCUUUCAGGUGGCAGUAGGUCAAAAGCCUUGAAAUAUUUAACUUUCCACUAAUGUGUGCUGUUAAUUAUGUGGAUUACUUGAGCUAAAAUCAUGAGGUCCUAGCUUUUUGCCUCAGGGACUGGGUCCUGAGUAGUUUUCCCUAGAAUUGGUGUUGACAGGGGAUUACACAGUGGCUGACUAUUACAGGGAAGAUGCUUUAGUCUCCUUUUUAAAGGAGAAAGGUGAAGACAAAAAUUAUAGCUUUGCAAUGAAUUUCAUUUUCUUAGCCUUAACCGUCCCUCAUCAUCUUGAGCUGGUGCCCUAACCAUGCACAAACAUUCCAUAAAUGAGCAAAAAUAUUUAUAUAUAUUUAUAUGAAUGAAAUUCCAGAAUUUUAGCUUUUGAAGCCAACAAGCAGAAGCCACCAAAGCAUAGUGUACAUCCACAGGCGGUUGUUCUGUCCAUUUCUCCAUUUAUUGACUGAGAUCAGAUAAGUCUGGGGGAAGUUAAGAUUUCUUGUGUUGAAAAAAAGCAUCUUGCACUGAGCUCUGAGUUACUACAAAUAAGGCAAAGCAAUUGAGGAAGAAAUUGAAUAAUUUUCAAAAGGUAAAAGUUUGUUAACUGCAGCUCAGCUUCUGUAGCAUUUCCUCCACUGCAAACUGGCUUACUCAGAUUUUGUUCUCCACCUGCUUGUAACACUAAAGCUUUGCCCUAGUUAAAGGAAAAAAAAAAAAGGUUAGUCUCACAGUAGCACAAGGAUGCUAGUUACAGUGUAUGUGUGUGUGAAUUGUGAAAUGGCUGUGAAAUGAUAGCAAGUUUGGGGGGGUUUCAUUGUGUUUUUUUUUAGCCUUGAGACAAUCUGGGUCAGAGACCACAAAGCUCAGCAAGAGGUAAAAUCAGUGGAAAUGCCAUCCAGGUCAGAGAGGACCAUUUCUAAAUUUUUCCAGGGAACAAAAAAAAAUAUCAACAAACAAAACUGUUUGAAGCUGAAGUAGCCAAGGGAGCAGCAAGGCUUGUUUCUCUCCUGCUGGGUUGAAUUUUCAUUCACACAUACUUCUGUAAACUGAAAAUUACUUAUUUAUGGUAUGCAAACUUUGUUUCAAAGAACCAAGAGCAUCAGUAGGACAUACUGACCACCUUCUAUGCACAGUACUUUGAAGAACUGUCUGUCCUGCCACAAUCCGUUCUUGGAAAUCAUUUGUUUUCCCAGUGCGUAGUGUAACACUUAGUAAAGCUUAGAAGCCACUGUGAAAUGGUUUCCACUGCUGUUGUCUCAGUUAAAAAAUGCUUGAAGGGCUUGCAGAAACUCUGCUGCUUUUUACUUCAGCCCAUUUAUGUACUUGACACUAGGGCACAAUUUAAAGACACCUUAUCUCCGUUUUCCAUUUCUGUUCUCUAGCCCCAACCUUUCUACAUUUACAAGGUAGUUCAAGAAUCCAAAUUUAUAGAAGUCUCAGUGUCCCUAAAGGCUACAACUUUGUUUGCUUUGAACAAUUCCUAGAGAAAAAUGAACUUCGUAGCCUGUCUUGAGCUGGUGGGUAGUGAAAGAAGCCUCCAGUAUCUCAGUCUUAGAUGUCUUAGUCCCCAAGUUCUGAGGGAUUAUGCUGUGCUGAUAAUUCUAUGCCUGUGUGCUGCUUUCCAUGCAAAGAUUGCAAAGUGCUUUAACAACCCCAGCACUCAUGAGACUUCAUUAGCUCCUCAGAUAGGAGCUUCUCCUCCCCUAAUCAGGCAUGGAGGCACAGCACAGGUUAAGGGGGUGAUGCAACUGUAAAGUGGAGUUUGUACUGCUGCUGAUUAAGUCCAAGUCCUACAAUUUCAGUGACUUGGUUCUUGUUUGGAUGCACUUUUCCAAACUAGAAAUCAAAGCAUGCCAAAUGUGGUCCCACCCUGAUAUAAGGUCUGUGGGACUUUGAUUCAUAGAGGCCUGUAUGGAGUAAGGAGCCUGUGCUGACAAAGCCAGAUUGCAUUGAAGGUAAGAGAAAACUGGAUAAAACAUGGCAGCCCAACUUGCCUAGAGUAGCUUAGAGGAGCUAAAUGAAGAAUCUGAAGCUCUGCAAUACUCCAGUAAUCAAUGUGAAAUUCAGACAAAUAAUCGCUAAGGCUGACUUGAGAAAACUCACUGAGGCUUAGAUGGAAUAUGAAGUCUUCCAUCCAUCUCUGUUGUGCAGUUUGCCAUGGCACUUUCUUGUUCCUAGGACUAAUGUAAGAUUAGUUGUUUGUAAAACAAGAUCUCAUCUCAGUCUGCUUGAGAAAAACAUUCCAGUGUCAAAGGAACUUUAGCAAUGUUUCACAAAGGCAAGGAACUCUAAGCUCAGAACAUGGGUGUAUUUGGUCUGUCAUUAACUAGGAUCACAUCAUGUCUGCCCAAAUGCAAGCCUAUCACCAAUGCUACUUGAAAUGUAUGCCUCCUUGUGACAGUUCUUCCCAAACCUACCUUUGUUUCCAGAAGCAUUAUGAACUGGAAAAGGCCCCUUAUCAUCUCACUGUUGGGGAACAGUUGAGAAUGUCUGUGCUUUGGACAAAAAGAGUUUCUUCCUCUUCUUUUGAUAAACUUAAUAGUGUCUUCAGAAAUCUAGAUCUGGAGAAGUUUCCUGCCCAAUGCUUUCCUUUGCUUCCCUCAUUCUAUGGGUUUAGAGCACAUCCAAAUAACCUGCAGGUUCUUGAUCAGUCUGGAAGAGGUGACAACACAGAGUGGCCUUUUAGUUUACUUUUAUAGUAUUAAUUUGCUGAUCCUUUCUGCUAUUUUGCAAAUCUGAAACGGAACAGGGUAUUGUUUCUGAAGCCUGUACUAAUUGCAAUCACUGUGAAAGUGUUGCCUGCUUUGCCCCAUUAAUGCUGCCCCACCAGGUUUGUACAGACCCAAGACAGGUAUCACUACCCCCACUGCUCCCAUUGUAAUGGCUGCAACAUUCCUUAGCUCUGAAUCACUGUCAGAGAGGGGCCUUUGAUGUGUUUGGGUUUU